CUUGGUACUUGGGAUGCAAGCGUGACAUUUCGAAAGCGAGGGCAAGUGCCAUCUCCUUGGGGCGUGUGACUGUAUCACCAUGUGUGGGAUCUGGGCCGUGUUCGGUAGUGAUGUACAUGUCUCCGUGCAGUGUAAAGCUGCCCACAAGGUCGCACAUCGUGGACCAGACGCCUUCAGGGUAGAAAACAUCAACCACCUCCAGAACUGUUGUCUCGGCUUCCACCGAUUGGCUAUCGUUGAUGACGUCAGAGGGAUGCAGCCAAUGAGACUGUACACCCAUCCUCACAUAUGGCUGAUAUACAACGGGGAGAUCUACAACUAUAAAUCAGUACCGAAAGAAUAUGGAUUUCAUCUGAACACAGACUGCGAUGGAGAACCAAUCAUUCAUCUGUACGCCAAAUAUGGCAUUGAUUUCCCCUCCCACUUGGAUGGCGUGUUCGCCUUCUGUCUCCUCGACACAGCAAACAGAAAGGUCUUCAUUGGUCGGGACACGUUUGGAGUCCGCCCCUGCUUCAAGCUUUUCACAGACAAUGGCUUCCUAGCUGUGUGCUCAGAGGCUAAAGGCUUAUUUGGUUUGAGUCACGGCCUAACUGACGAGGCGGCUGACAUCGUGCCCGUCGCACCCGGUACAGUGGAACAGUACGACCUCGACAACAACGGACGAGCCACGUUCCGGGAGAAGAGACAGUUCCAUUCUAUUGGCGACAUGCCCCUGUAUAAAACACCUGUAGACUCCGACUCACUAGGAAGUGAUGUGGCUGAGAACAUCCGGGUACUGUUAGAAACCGCAGUGAAGAAACGUCUAAUGGCCGACAGAAGGAUUGGUUGUCUAUUGUCAGGGGGUCUCGACUCGAGUCUGGUAACAGCGUUGAUGGUGAAGAAUGCCAAGGAACAGAAGCUGUCCUACCCCAUCCAGACCUUCUCUAUUGGCAUGGAGGGGAGUACAGAUAUCAUGGCAGCCAGGAAGGUUGCGAAACAUUUGAACACUGAACAUCAUGAAAUUAAAUUCACACCCCAAGACGCCUGCAGUGUUAUAAAUGAAGUAAUUCGCCACACUGAAACAUAUGACGGUUCAACCAUCAGAUCUUCAAUAGGUUUAUACCUUGUCAGCAAGUACAUCAAAGAGAACACAGACACCGUGGUCAUCCUGUCCGGGGAGGGGUCUGACGAGCUGGCCCAGGGAUACAACCACUUCCAUAAAGCUCCAUCAGCUGAGGCCGCGGACCAGGAGAGUCGGAGACUACUGAAAGACAUCCACAUGUACGACGUGCUGAGAGGGGACAGGGCCACGGCAGCUUGGGGACUGGAGAUCCGGGUCCCCUUCCUUGACCAUCAGUUCACCAGCUACUACUUGUCCCUCCCCAACGAGGACCGCGUCCCUCAGAAGGGGGUGGAGAAGUACCUACUCCGGUCAGCCUUCGGUGAGAUGAACCUCCUACCCAAGGACAUCUUGUGGAGGCCCAAGGAACCCUUCAGCGAUGGAGUAUCGGCUGUCAAGAGAUCCCUUUAUGAGGUCACCCAAUAUUUCUGUGAUGAGCAGAUCAAUGAUGACCAGAUGGAACAGGCAGCGUCCCUCUUCCCCUUCAACACACCCAGGACGAAGGAAGCGUUUUACUACAGGCAGGUGUUCGAGAACUACUACCCUACUAAGUCAGCCUGGAUUCCCCGUAUGUGGAUGCCGCGCUGGGAGGAUGCUACGGACCCCUCGGAAACGAGGUUUACCCAGAAUGGAGUGUGCAGAAUUGUAUCUAAAAUAUAAAAAGUGUUAAUAAAUUGUCUGAGGGGACGUUACUUUGAAUAUUAUGUGUAUAUGUCUGCGUGCAUGUCUGUGUGUU